AUGAAUUCCGUAGUUAUCAAUACUUCAUCAAAUGUCGAAAAUACAUCACUAUUUUUGUCAUCUUCCGAUGGAAGUAGUAGUAUAAGUGAUCCCAGUUCUUCAAGUUCCUCUCGUGAAAGCACUAAUGGAUUUAUUAAGGUGGAACUUAGUGAUGUGCUACAAAGAAGUAGUUUAAUGGAAAGCGCAACUUCUGGUCAAGAGAAAAAGCUUCUGGAGCUCAGUGAUGACAACCGAACAGACAAGGCUCGUAUUGUAGAACUAAUUACUAGAUCAAUAUACAAGCUAGAUAAAGUUAUGAGUGCUCGUACGCUGAAACUUUUUGCAAUGCAAAUCCUCUCAAUCAUUAAAAGGGAAAGCGCUAUGGAUCAUGAACUUUAUACAGAAGAACCAAGGAAUACUGUUUUGCUUCGAGAUCAAGAUUUAACGCAAAGUGCUGUUGAUAAAGUAACUGGUGUAAUUGAUACAGGUAUAGAAAAAUUGGCAAAUAUGGCUGGUAAGAUUGUUGACGAUAACAAGGAGACAGGAAGCAAGUUUCUUGAAGAUCAGGCUUGCUCAAACGAAAAUAUAAUGAGUGGUGCAGUUAAAAAGAUGGAAGAUGAGGAUCGUAUAUUAUUGACUCUGGCUAAAGAUGUUUCUUCAGAUGCUUUCUCAAGUGGAGUUCAAGGUCUUUCGAGUACUGCAGAUAAAGCUAGCAACGUGGGUACACAACUGAAAUCAGAUGUGAAUGAAGCUAUUGGCACGAACACAAUAGAUCCAUUUCUUAGUAGAGCACAUGAUAUUGGUCAACAGAUGUUGUCUGAUACCGAUGACAAAUUUUUGGAUACAAAAUUGCCUGAGAGUAAACAAAAUGUGCAAGAGGAGGAGGUGAUUCAACUGAGCAGUGACCAGAGCAGUACUAAUCCUGCUGUUCAGCGUGAUACAUUGCUUGUUGACUCCACUUCUACUGACAAGGGAGAUGUGAAAUAUUCAUCGGAGAAGUGGUACUCUGAUUGGGAAAGAAAACUUGAAGUUACUGACGAUAAUAAAGCCGAUGCCAGAAGUACGGAUGUUUUCUUUGUUUUAAAAAGAAAUAUUUCUGUGACUCUUACUGUAUGGGAAUUCUGUAUGGCAUAUUCAUCCGUCAUUUCGUUCAUGGCCCGAAAUAUGAGUGAGUCAACUUCUCCGAGAUUAUUUUCCGCGUUCACUUUGUCUUGUUUAUCUCACAUCCUUGAACCUCUUGCAUCGGUGACGCUAUGUAUCUUGAUACGCGUCGCUGUCUCGUCUUAUGCGAGCAUGAGCUACGGCACCACUAGUGAUGGCGAAAUUCGUUUGCUUCUUCAAUUCUUGGUAGGAAGGACACAAGGGCCAUCCACUCUUCGGCAUCCUCCCAAAGCGGUCAAGAAUCUCUUUCAUUACCUCACUUGGUCACUCGUUCUGCUGAAUCUCAAAAGCACGAUUGAUGACGAAGUAACUGAUAUACAUGAUCAGGUAGACUCAUUAAUCGAAAGGAUGCAUGCUGUGAGUGCUCCACAAUACGAUGAUAGUAGUGUAGAGGAAAGCACAUUCGACAGAAAAGGACCUUUAACAAUACCGCAGCAACCAUCAGAAAAUACUGUGCAGCUUGACGAUCAUCUAGACCAAUUAAGACAUCGCGGUUUUGAAUUAUCUCCUCGUCCACCGACUCCACCGAAAGAACUUGAUGAUGAAGACGUGAAACCGACUACAAUUGAAGUUGGUCAAACAAUGUCCAGAUUUUCUGUUUCUGGUGAUCAUCCUCCACGCUCUAUUCUUAAACAUAGUUCACAGUGCACGAAAUUCAAUGUGAAAUGUGUAGAUCAAAGAAUACGUAAAUGCUGCUGUUAUAUUAUUGUGUCUGCUUUUGCUUAUCUAUGCUACGUCCGUGGGCGUUUACCGAUAUCUGUCCAUCUGCAGUUUGUUGACUGCAGUCGCUAUACUAAGGCUUCUGCUGCUGCUGCUGCUGCUGCUCGGGAACAAUGGAGAGCAAUUCGAAAUCAAUGA